AUGGAUACAGCCAAUUUCAAAGAUAUUCCUGACCUUACUGGAACCUGGGUAUUAAAUCGAAAGCUGUCGACUGACCCAGAUGAAAUUAUGGUCUUGCAAGGUGUCCCUUGGGUUAUCCGAAAGGUCUUGCGACACGCCCGACUUUCGUUGCAGAUCAGCCAGGCUACUUCCACCUGCGUAGACGAAAAAUGCGACGAAAGCGCUGUUUUGGCCGACUUAAAAUCAGUCACAAGUCUUCGUAUCACACAAACUGUCAAUCCAGGUGGCUUUGACAGUGAAGGGGUUUAUCUGAUCGAUGGAAGCAAACAAGAUCUUUCACUGCCUAUCUUCGGUGACCUCCAAACGAAGCUCAAUUUCAUCGACAAAUCUGAUGUACUGGAAGACUCAGUCCGUCAAAUUGUGGAGAUGGCUAGCUUGACCAAGACGGUCAUUCAAGAAUUGGCCCUCAAUUCGUCCAAGGGGUGGGAUGCGGAAGUGAUUUGGGGAUUUGAACAGCUUGAUGGAAAGAGAUAUCUCACUCGAAACAUCAGGACUACCAAGGAGGACAAAAAGGUCAUCGCUAAGAUGGUUUAUGAUGGUCCGAAUUAG